GGUGUCUCCAUUCACUGCGAUCUCUGCGCUGAUGCUUUUGUCGUGUUUGCUGUGACUGGAUUAUUAAAGUUAUGGCAAAUUUAGCAGCCGCGGCCGCUGCUGCUGCAGCUGCCAGAGAUCCCGCUGUGGAUCGCUCUCUCCGUUCAGUUUUCGUGGGAAACAUCCCAUAUGAGGCCACAGAGGAGCAGUUGAAAGACAUCUUCUCAGAGGUUGGACUUGUCGUCAGUUUUAGGUUGGUGUAUGACAGAGAAACCGGUAAGCCAAAAGGUUAUGGCUUCUGUGAGUACCAGGAUCAAGAGACCGCACUUAGUGCCAUGCGCAACUUGAACGGCAGAGAAUUCAGUGGAAGAGCCCUCCGUGUUGAUAACGCAGCCAGUGAAAAGAAUAAAGAAGAGCUUAAAAGUUUGGGUACUGGUGCUCCAAUUAUUGAGUCCCCAUAUGGAGAUGGCUGCAUACCAGAAGAAGCCCCAGAGUCAAUCAGUAGAGCUGUGGCCAGCCUGCCCCCUGAGCAGAUGUUUGAGCUAAUGAAACAGAUGAAGCUUUGUGUGCAAAACAGUCCACAGGAAGCCAGAAAUAUGCUGUUGCAGAAUCCUCAGCUAGCAUUUGCCUUGCUGCAGGCUCAGGUUGUAAUGAGGAUUGUGGACCCUGAAAUUGCCCUGAAAAUGCUUCAUCGUCCAGCUGUGGUUCAGCCCAUAAACCCAAAUUCUCAGCCGGGUGCAGUGCCUGUUACUAACCAGCCCCUGCCUCAGCCCACUGCCCCUGUCUCUCAGCCCCAACCAAUGCCAGGCAUGCAUGUGAACGGAGCCCCUCAAAUGAUGCAGCCUCCACAGAUGGGCGGCGGUGGACCCGGACCAAUGCCAGGACAGGGACCAAUGGGACCAGCUGGUGGGAUGCAAGCUCAAAUAGGAAUCCCACCAGGAGGUCCUGUACCCAUGGAUAGGGGACCAGGAAACCUUCAGGAGUCUCCUAUAGGAGCAGCUGGGCAGGCUGCUAUCGAGCGGUCUCCAGUGCCUAUAGUAGACCCUCGUGCCCCAAUGCGAGGGGCUCCACCAGGCCCUCCAGGCGGCAUCCCACCCAGAGGCCUUCUUGGUGAUGGUCCAAACGAUCCACGUGGAGGUUCAAUGGUCGGUGGGGAAGUGGUGGAACCAGGGCGUGGCUACAUUGGAGGCCCUCCACAACACCAGGGCCCCCCUAUGCACAUGGCACCCCCAGACAUGCGCGGACCUCAUGAUAUGAGAGGAGGACCAAUGAUGGGAGAUCCUAGAGGCCCUAUGAUGGAACAGCGUGGCCCACCUAUGGAGGCAAGAGGUCGUGAUCCACGAGCUGUUGAUGCCCGAGGUCCGAUAUCAGGUCAGCGGGUUCCUGUGGCAGGUGGAAUGCAGGGUCCUCCACCCCACGGCAUGGGACAAAGCGCACCUCCCGCAGCAAGACCGGGUCCUGCUGCUGAUGUGUCAUCACAAGACCAUGAGAAGGCUGCCUUGAUCAUGCAGGUCCUGCAGCUGACCCCAGAACAGAUUGCCAUGCUGCCACCAGAACAGAGGCAGAGCAUUCUCAUACUCAAGGAGCAGAUUCAGAAGACAGCAGGCGCGCCGUGAGAAUGAAUGUACACAACCAAACCCACAACCAUCAUCUGGAUCGGUCUGCUGAACUUCCACAGCUGUAACUUUUGUUGUUGUCAUGUUUUGUUUUUAUAGUGGUAUUUUCUUAUGUGAAGUAAAAACAGUUAUCUGAAUAGCAGUGGUACAUGGUUUAAUGCAAAACAAACAAUAAAUACAGUAGUUGAUUUUGAAGUAAACAAA